ACAGUUUCCACUUUCCAGACAUUUUUUAAACAAAACGAAAAAAUAAAACUUUUAUUAUUUUCGGUAAACUCGUUUAAUGUAGGUGUUACAGUGUUUAUAUUAUACAACAUCUGGAUAAUCAAUAUCCUGCUUUUUAUUGUGCAAUAUGACAACUGCGGAUCUGCUUAACUUAUUCGAAUCCAAGUUGAAGGAAAAACCUGAUCAUGAUUUUCACCCUUUGGACUUGGAACGUUUGAAAGAUGAAAGAUAUCUAACGAGAGUAAUGAAGCACUCGGAAAACGACCCAAAGCAAGCUACAGAGAUGCUAUGGGAUAUUUUCACUUGGCGCAAGACGCAGGGUGCAAACGAAAUAAAUGAAGGUAAUAUUAAAAUGGAAUAUGUUACGGAAGGAGCUUUUUUUCCUCACGGUCGUGACAUCGAUGGUUGUUUAUUGUUAAUAAUGAAGUCAAAAAAACACAUCAAAGGUCAGAAAAAUAUAGAUGAAAUUAAAAAGAUAAUAAUUUACUGGUUCGAUCGCAUUGAAAGGGAAGAGAACGGCAAAAAGGUCUCAUUAUUUUUUGAUUUGGAAGGUUGCGGCUUAAGCAACAUGGAUAUGGAAUUGGUCAACUUUAUUAUCUCACUGUUUAAAAGCUACUACCCAUUUUUCCUGAAUUAUAUUGUCAUUUAUCAAAUGCCAUGGGUUCUAUCUGCUCCAUUUAAAAUUAUUAAAUCAUUAUUGCCCGCUAAGGCUGUGGAAAAGAUGAAGUUUGUAAACAAAGACACUUUAAAAGAUAUAGUUCCACCCGAGCAAGCCCUCACCUGCUGGGGUGGUCAAGAUGACUAUGUAUUUCAGUUUGUACCUGAGAACAAAGCCCAAACUGAACACACACCUAAAAAAGUUACAUUUGCCGAGCAACCUAACACCCAACAUUCCCCAGGAGAAAUGUUGCAAAUAAAUCCAAGCAGCUUGAUCAUUUUUAAUGUCGUCAACGAUGAGAUCACAGGACAGUUUACGAUAAAAAAUAUGGACGAGGGACCAAUAUCUUUUAAAAUCAGGACAACAUCUCCCGAAAAAUUCCGUGUCAGACCCAGUUCAGGUGUUCUUACCGGUGGUUCAUCUCAGACCAUUGUUAUUGUUGUUCAACCUGAAUUUCAAAUGCGUAAUGUAUCUAAAGAUAUGUUUCUAGUUAUGUCAGUUCAGAUACCUAAAACUGACCUAUCGGCCAAUGAAUUACGGGAGGUGUGGCAAAAAUCUUCGGGAAGUAAAGUCGAUGAAUACAGAUUAAAAUGUCAAUUCCCUAUUAAAGAAAUACAGAAAAAUGGAAAGGUUAAUGAAGAUUUGAGCAUAGACAAGCCCGAUUCUAUUGUAAAUGCUCUGAACAACUUACAAAUAAAUUAUGAAAUGUUGCACCGUCAAGUGAACAGUUUGAAGAUACUUCAGCUUAUAAUAUUACUGCUGACGGCUAUAUCUGUGGUUUUAGGUUUCAUGCUUUUCCAGAACAAGGACCCGGAGGAAUAUUGUGAUCGCAUCUAGCCCUCGAAAGUGGUUCUAUUAACCACUUUAAAAGAACUUUUGUACAUAAUUUUAUUGAUAAUGUUGAUGGUCAACAUAAUAUUAUAUAUGAAAUACUGUAAUUUAUUGUAUCAUAUGGAAGAAUUAACAUAUUAACUGAUAUGGUACCAUAUUAAGGAAGCUAAAACUAGCUAUGUAGUCAUUUUAUUCUACGGAUGAAAAAUUUUAAGAUAAAAUCUUUUGCAGAAACAUAUUGUGUGUUUUUUAAGUAUGCUUUGUAGAAUUUUGAUGUGUGAUUAAUAUGUGAUUAAUGAUUAAAUAUGCCAUUGUUUAUCUUUUUACUAAAAUCUAUUAGUUUGAUUCUGAAUAAAUCAAAGAACCCUCAGACAUGUGAAGGAACUAAUAAGUACAUUCCAUAUAACUUGUGUUACUUCCAAUUACACGUUUCUGUUACACAAAAAUUAUUAUUAAGUGAUAAUUAUUAUGAUGAUAAUAU